AUGUCUUUUCGUCUAAAUUUUCAACCAAUUCUAACAUUAAUAUAUAACCCAAAAUGCAGUAAAUCAAACAAAGCUUUACAAAUAUUGAACGAAACACUUGAGAAAGAGCCUGAUAUUUUUAAACUUGAUGUCUUGGAUUAUCAAAAACAACCUUUAACAAACGACCAACUUCGAUCCGUUGUUGAUUAUUUAGGUAUAAAAGAUAAUAAUGGUUUCAGUAGUAUUCUAAGAAGCGAUGAUGCAAGUGGAAAUGUUAAUAACAAUAUUUCUCAGAAGGAAGGAAAAGGAAAUACAUCUGCAACUGCUACUAAUAAUACUGCUGAAUCUCCAAGUAUUCCUCUUCCUAGCACAACACAAGAAUUACUUGAAAUUGUCAAACAACAACCUAUAAGAUUACAAAGACCUAUUUUAGUUGAUUGGAAUAAAGGCAAGGCUAUUAUUGCUCGUCCACCAGAGAAGAUUACUGAUUUUUUAUAUGAAUUAGGUUAUUUGAAAAAAUAA